GCCAUAAUAUAUACAUUUAUUCAAUAAAUACAUUUCGUUAUUAACAUCAAAAGGAAGUGAGACUUGUUUAUCAAUACCGAAAGCUCGAUCCGGAAGUGGGCGUUUAUAUAGCAUGUUGGAUGCUAUAAGUCGCUUGUUAAAACGGAGUAGGUACGAGUUGCAGCAGAGACCGUUUUAAAGACGGUGCAUUGCAGAGUACCAGGCGGGAUAGGACCGAGGAAGGAAAGGAAACGGAUCCAAACCUCGCCUUCAUUUUUGAUUCAGGAUGGGGAACAGAGAUGACGAGUAUGAUUACUUGUUCAAAGUGGUGUUGAUAGGAGACUCCGGUGUGGGGAAGAGUAACCUGUUGUCUCGUUUCACCCGGAAUGAGUUUAACCUGGAGAGUAAGAGCACCAUCGGGGUAGAGUUUGCCACCCGUAGUAUCCAGGUGGAUGGGAAGACCGUGAAGGCUCAGAUCUGGGACACAGCUGGUCAGGAGAGAUACCGGGCUAUUACAUCAGCGUAUUACCGUGGUGCCGUGGGUGCUCUUCUGGUCUAUGACAUCGCCAAGCACCUGACCUAUGAGAGCGUGGAACGUUGGCUGAAGGAGCUGAGAGACCAUGCAGACAGCAACAUCGUUAUUAUGUUGGUUGGCAACAAGAGUGACCUGCGCCACCUCAGGGCUGUGCCCACCGAUGGGGCACGGGCGUUUGCAGAGAAGAACGGUUUGUCUUUCCUGGAGACCUCAGCCCUGGACUCUACUAACGUGGAGACAUCCUUCCAGACCAUUCUGACUGAAAUCUAUCGCAUUGUGUCUCAGAAACAGAUGUCAGACCGGCAAGACAACAACAUGUCGCCUAGCAACAACGUGGUCAACAUCCAGGUGCAGCCGACGGAGAAUAAACCAAAGAUGCAAUGUUGUCAGAGCAUUUAACGGCAUCACCAGUACCACCUGCUUCCCCCUGACCCCCGACCCCAAACCCCCUGCUAAAAAGCCUGCUUUGGUCCGGUCUGUCUGAGACACAGCUGCGUGGCCAGGCUCUAGACCGAGACACAGCUGCGUGGCCAGGCUCUAGACCGAGACACAGCUGCGUGGCCAGGCUCUAGACCGAGACACAGCUGCGUGGCCAGGCUCUAGACCGAGACACAGCUGCGUGGCCAGGCUCUAGACCGAGACACAGCUGCGUGGCCAGGCUCUAGACCGAGACACAGCUGCGUGGCCAGGCUCUAGACCGAGACACAGCUGCGUGGCCAGGCUCUAGACCGAGACACAGCUGCGUGGCCAGGCUCUAGACCGAGACACAGCUGCGUGGCCAGGCUCUAGACCGAGACACAGCUGCGUGGCCAGGCUCUAGACCGAGACACAGCUGCGUGGCCAGGCUCUAGACCGAGACACAGCUGCGUGGCCAGGCUCUAGACCGAGACACAGCUGCGUGGCCAGGCUCUAGACCGAGACACAGCUGCGUGGCCAGGCUCUAGACCGAGACACAGCUGCGUGGCCAGGCUCUAGACCGAGACACAGCUGCGUGGCCAGGCUCUAGACCGAGACACAGCUGCGUGGCCAGGCUCUAGACCGAGACACAGCUGCGUGGCCAGGCUCUAGACCGAGACACAGCUGCGUGGCCAGGCUCUAGACCGAGACACAGCUGCGUGGCCAGGCUCUAGACCGAGACACAGCUGCGUGGCCAGGCUCUAGACCGAGACACAGCUGCGUGGCCAGGCUCUAGACCGAGACACAGCUGCGUGGCCAGGCUCUAGACCGAGACACAGCUGCGUGGCCAGGCUCUAGACCGAGACACAGCUGCGUGGCCAGGCUCUAGGGUCUAUACUACAGAGUAGAGGCUGCCUCCAAAGUGCACUUACUUGACUUGCACACUUCUUGUCAUAGAUUUAAACGCAUUAGAUUGUAAUUAUUGGCUGAAGGUAGUUUCUUUCCACCGUUAAGACUAAAUCCAUGAUGGGAAGUGUGCAAGUGAACACUUUGAGAAAAGGGUGUAUAAUUAGGGUGCAGCUGUGUCUGAGCCCGUUGGUUCUAUACAGCUGUGUCUGAGCCCGUUGGUUCUAUACAGCUGUGUCUGAGCCCGUUGGUUCUAUACAGCUGUGUCUGAGCCCGUUGGUUCUAUACAGCUGUGUCUGAGCCCGUUGGUUCUAUACAGCUGUGUCUGAUCCCAUUGGUUCCUUAAGGAUCCCCAGUCAGGACUAUACAGCUGUGUCUGAGCCCAUUGGUUCUAUACAGCUGUGUCUGAGCCCAUUGGUUCUAUACAGCUGUGUCUGAGCCCGUUGGUUCUAUACAGCUGUGUCUGAGCCCGUUGGUUCU